UUUUGUUUUGAUUAUUUUGAUUUCAACCGAUCGUUAGAUAACCGAAAAAUUCGAUUGAACUUGAAAAUUUUAAGACAAACAGUGAAAUAAUUCCCUAGUUAUUGAUAUAAUUUAUAAGAUAUCUCAUCGAAAUGUCCAUUCGCAUAGAUUCUUCUGAAGUGCUGCAUCAUUUGAACAGCUAUGGUAUUCAUUCCAUAGACGAUAAUUCUUUAAAAUCAUUUAUAAAAGAUCUGAAAAAACUAAUAAAAUACGAGCACUACAAAAAUGUGUCUGAUGUUAAAUUCGAAGAAUCUAAUCCUCCUCACGAGCGAAAUUCUUUGACAAAAGGUGACCUAUCAUCUGUUGUACACGACAACCGACGAAAACAUUCUUGCUGUAGGAAAAAACUCAAGGAGAACGUUCGUCCGAUAUAUUCGGAAGAACUUCCAAAUAACAACAGAGUUCAUUAUCAAAAAAUAAAAUCCAUUUGUCCUUGCAGAACUACACCGUCUCAACCGGCAAUCCAGUGCAGCGAAAUCACUUCUCCGAAACCAUCUUGCAAGUGCAAACAUGAUGCUGAUCUUAAUGACGAUAAUGUUAAAUCCACCAACGAUAAAUUACGAGAGGAAGCUUGUCAUAUAAAACGUCCAACAUCUCUGUUAUCAAGUACAAGAUCUCAAGCGACCAAUGUGAGAACUAAGAAAGGUCACUGCGAUCCGGUCGAAUUAUACCAUUAUUAUCAGUCGUUUUGGAAAAAUCACAAACUUCCGGGAGAAAAUGAUCACGCUCAGUUAAGACUUGCUAUUCGAAAACGUCUAAUGAACGUCAAGUGAAAAAGUGUGACGUCAAUGAUUGAUGAUGAGUUACCUUCGACGAAUUUUUGUAUAGCUUUUUGAAGUGCUUUCAUUAUGAACUGUUCCAUUAUCAUUUUUUACUUUUAGAACUUUUUUUUGCCUAUUGUAAGAUAAAUCAAUGUAAAUAAUUCUGGGUUGAUUUGAUGAUCCGUAUUAAUGGUCAUUGCAAUAAUAAUGCGUUUGUAAAUUAGUCAGUCAAUUUAUUAUAAGACUGUGAAGAUAAUUUAUGUUUCAUGUAAAGCUGUGCAAUUGGAUUUCACCAUUCGUGACUGAUCGAAGUAUAUCGAUAUAUUUCAUGUAAUAAUAUACGUUCAGUUUCAAAAGUAUGCAUAAGUUAAUUUCACCGAAUACAUUCGAUUUCACUUUU